GCACGUUGCGUAAUUUUCCAGUCAGGAUGAGACAGAUGGCGCAUACAACUUACUGAGCACAAGUUACUGACGAAACAGAACAGAGAAUUACGGCGAAAUAACAGCGCGAUGCGGCCAAAUGUAGGGUAGGAAGAAAUGUAAGCUGGACGCAGCUCUCCUGAUGAGGAAAUCCUCUGAGUGUUGACAACGCCAUGGAUGAUCAAUGUCAGCAUGUGACUGAAGGUUUAUUCAGCGGUCAGCGGACACUCUGCACCUGUUUGCAUCGGGGAACGGCUGAAGAAGCUUCGCUGGACGUGGCCGAGCAGUUUCAGCACCAGCAUCAACACAGCUGACGUAUUCACGGAGCAGAGCAGAGCACAGCGAAGGGCUCACGCGAUGUCCUCGGCGGUUUUAGAGAAGUUGCUGAGAGGUCGGCUCUUUCAUGCCAGACAGUACCUCAUGAGGCACAAAUCGACCAUCACAAUGGCACCCACUGAAAACUGUGAUAUCCUUAUGACAUUCCCAGACACCACAGAUGACCAUACGCUGUUAUGGUUACUUAACCAAAUCCGGUUGGGAAUUCCACAAAUCAGAAUCCAGAUCCGGCAGCAUAAAUACACACACACCUAUGCAUUCUUCAUUACCUCAUCCUUUGAAAACUUGUUGCGUGGUGCCGAACAGAUGGGGAUGCAAAAGGCGGUGAAGCAGCGCUUUGGAGGCGGCACUCGCAGGUUUUCGUGUGAGGAGGAUGACAUCUAUGAGAACAUCGAGAGCGAGCUGUGUUUCUUCACAUCACAGGAGCGUCAGGGUAUUAUCAAAUAUUGGUUGGAUAACCUCCGAGCCAAACAGGGCGAGGCACUUCAUAAUAUCCACUUCCUGGAGGGUCAACCAAUCAUACCAGAGCUUAUUGCCAGGCGUGUGAUUCUUCAAAUGUUCCCUCUUCAUGAGCAGAGAAUCUUGAACCAGUUGAUGACGUCCUGGGUUCAGGCCGUCUGCGAGCGGCAACCUCUAGAUGAUGUUUGUGAUUAUUUUGGAGUGAAAAUCGCUAUGUACUUUGCAUGGUUGGGUUUUUACACCAACUCUAUGCUGUAUCCAGCAGUGAUUGGCUUUCUGCUCUGGAUGUUUGCUGAGUCUGAUCAGACAAGUCAGGAUAUCUGCUGUGUGGUAUUUGCCAUUUUCAAUGUGGUCUGGGCAACACUGUUUCUGGAGAGGUGGAAGCGGCGGGAAGCAGAGCUGGCGUAUAAGUGGGGAACGCUGGACACACCAGCAGAAUCUCUAGAGGAACCCCGGCCACAGUUUCGGGGAGUAAAGCGUCACAGUCCAGUAACAGGCUGUGAGGAGUUUUACUAUCCCCCCUGGAAGAGGAGAAUGUUCCGCUGGUUUGUCAGCUUUCCCAUCUGCAUCCUCUGUCUCUGCUUUGUCUGCUUGGCCAUGUUCAUCUGCCUGGAACUACAGGAAUUUGUGAUGGAAACAAAAGAGUUUCCAAGCAUAUGUAGAUUCAUUCCAAAAAUUCUCCUGGCUGUAACUGUUACUGUAUGUGAUGAAGUGUACAAGAAGAUAGCUCUCUGGCUCAAUGACAUGGAAAACUACAGACUUCAAAGCACAUAUGACAACAAUCUCAUCCUCAAGACUGUUUUUUUUCAGUUCAUAAAUUCUUACCUCAGCCUUUUCUACAUUGGAUUUUAUCUCAAAGACAUGGAACGGUUAAAAGAGAUGCUGGCAACGUUAUUGAUCUUCCGCCAAUUUCUACAAAAUAUCAAAGAAGUGUUACAGCCAUAUCUCUACGAGCACCAUAAAUUAGGAGCUCUGAGGACGUUAUGGGACUUGAUCCAAACCAUGCUCCUGAACUAUAGUCAUUUGAUAGUGCAAAGGAUACGCCUGACUUGCCAAGCCAGUCUGGACAUGAAUAAAAAUGGCACACCUCCAGAGCAAUCAGAGAAGAGAGAGAGGAGAAGUUUAAUUUCCAGCUACAGAGUACCCAAAACAGAGGAAGUGGAUGAUGAUGCUGGUCUGAAGCACAGAAAGGUCAGCUUCACAGAGAAGGUGGAAUACAAAGACAAAGCUGUGGAAGAGCCAACACAAGGCAGCCCCCAGGAUGAUGACAGUCCUACCCUCGUGGAAGAAGGAAUGGAUCCAUCCUUAAUAUUUGAUAUACGUGAUGAUGAAGAUGAUGAUGAAGAUGAUGACAGAGAAAUAGAUGAUUCUGCUAGUAAAUCCCAAAGAAGAAAGGGUAAGGCUGCUGGUGGGGAGAACAACACUAUGGAGAAGAAAAAGUCCUGGAUGGAUCCUCCAGAGGAGACCGGAUCUACUGUUUUGACUCAACCAGAGAUUGAAAGCUGCAUGCUAAUUUAUGAGGAUACUCUUCAUGAUUACCAGGAGAUGUUUAUACAGUUUGGCUACGUUGUGCUCUUCUCCUCUGCAUUUCCUCUGGCAGCCAUGUGUGCCCUCAUCAACAACAUUGUAGAGAUCCGAAGUGAUGCCUUAAAACUGUGCUCAGGCCUCCAGAGACCCUUUGGGCAGAGGGUUGAAAACAUUGGACAGUGGCAGACUGCAAUGGAGGCGAUGGGUCUGAUUGCAAUAAUCGUGAACUGUUACCUUAUUGGUCAGUGCGGUCAGCUGCAGCGACUCUUCCCCUGGUUGAGCCCUGAAAUGGCCAUUGUUUCUGUUGUAGUACUAGAGCACUUUGCAAUUCUGCUCAAAUACGUAAUUCAUGUUGCAAUUCCUGAUGUUCCAAACUGGGUGGCAGAUGAAAUGGCUAAACUUGAAUACCAACGGAGAGAGGCUCUCAAGAAACAUGAACGUCUCGCUCAGCAGCACCAGCAGCAGAAACGGCGGAAAACAGAACAAGACGAGGAACAUCAAAAAUUAGCAGAAGAAUUGGCCCGACAACAAAGUGACCAAGACAAAUCUGAUGUCGGUGGCGGUGAAGUGCAACACCAUGAAAAGAGCCCAGGGGCCAAGUUCAGCUCCACAGGAGAUAAACUCAAAAGACCCAGCUCCCUUUUAGGCAACAAUAACGUAAUGAAACUCAAGCAGAUAAUCCCACUUCAAGGCAAAUUCACUUCCACCACUUCCCCUACAAGUGGCGAGGCCAAACUCCCAGGCUUCCUCAAGUUCCUCAAAUCACAAGAGUUGAAAAAGGAAGCCGCUGCGGCAGUUGCGUCAACAGCGACGCACGGGAGCCACGAGAAAUCACAGUCUCCCAGCAAGUCCUUCAAUCCAGGCAAACUCUUCAACUUCGGAAAAGAAAAUCAAUGUACGGGUGCUGCUUCUGAUCAGCAAACCAAACCAGAAGAUGCCUCAAAGGCCACUAACGCACCACAUACUAACAAUGACCACAAUACUUCAUCAGAAGAGCUUCCAUCUGAGCCUGACAAGGGCGAGAGAUCAGACUAUGGUAAUAAUCCUUCAAAAAAACAGUGAAUGAUGCAACUCAGUUAAUAUAUAGCACUGAUUGUGAUGCUUAACAUUUGCUUAAAAUGUGAUAAAGCGACCAUGUAGUGAGCUGAAACGCACGUCAAAGAUCAUUUUAAUACAAUAUAUUAGUCUGAGAUCUCCAUAUACUUUACUCACGGAAGGCGGCAUGCUAAAUCACCUGCAUGAUAAAACCAGUGUAGGCACGAGCAAGCAAGAAGGGACGUUUGAAUGAGCACUGUAUAAUCAUAGAAAAAUAAUAUGGAUAGAUUUUCUAUUUUUCUACGCAUUAUUAUUUUUCUUAUAUAAAUUAGUACAUUUGACAAUCUAAAAACACUGUAUUCUCCUUGCUGGUUUGGAUCUUAUAAUGAGUGUGAACACAUAAUGCAAUAAAAUGGAAUUACUGUGAAAAUAAAUUUGAAACGUG